UUGGGAAUGGUGGGGACAGCACCAAUAUACUGCGCACAGCAUCUGUCACUGAAGUAUUGCAAGAUCCGGUGUGGUUAAGAUUCCAAAUCUCCUCUGACAGUGGAGGAUCAUCAGGGAAGAUGAAUCGCUCCUGUGUAAACUGCCUGAAAACUCUGUUGGUCACUCUCCACUUUCUCUGCUGGCUGUGCGGUGCCUUCGUGGUGGCUUUCGGAGAAUACCAGAUGAUGAACUCCAGGUUCGCCUCCCUUAUCACCACCUUCUGGCCCAUCUACCCCGCCAACACUCUGGUGGUCACUGGCACCAUCGUUACCUGUGUGUGUUAUUUAGGCGUGCUGGGAGGCAUGAAGGAGAACCGCUGCAUGCUCAUCAGUUUUUUCUUCCUGCUGUUUCUUCUGCUGCUGGUGGAGCUGGCCAUGGCCUGUGUGUUCUUCGUCUAUAGCAGAGAGAUUGACUCAUACUUUGAGAAAGACCUGAUGCAAAGCCUGGAGAUCUACAGAGAGUCCAGUCCAGAGGCAAACAUGACCAUUAAAGAGGAUUUUGACGCUUUGCAGGACCUGUUUAGUUGCUGUGGAGUUCAUGGUGUGUCUGACUGGAAGGGGAAUAUCCCAUCCUCGUGUUGUGUCAAGGACCCCUGCAGCAGCCCCAUCCAAACCAACUGGCAAGAGGGUUGUCUCCACAAAUUGAAGGACUGGUUUGCAAGAACCUAUCUGAACACAGCCGCUGGUGUUGUCACUUUGUUUAUCAUACAGUUUAUCUGUCUGUGUAUCACCAUCCCUGUCUUUUGCCGCUUCAGUCGACAUGGACUGGGUUACGAGUAAAAAAAGGGAUUCAAUAAAUGAUAUCUGCAAUGUACAGUGACUUUCUGCAUGUUAACAUGUUGCCUUUCCCUAUAUAAACUUGACUAUAAACUUGUAUAAAACUAAAGUUAGCCAGCAGAAGAAACUGCUAUCUUUUCGACCCAAAAUAAAUCAAGAGGCUGGCUGCUAAUUAUUACUUUUAAUUAUGGCAUAUGAGGUGACAGACCAUCAAAUGUGAUGGGGAUAACGUUGACACCUCCUCUCCCUGGUAUAUUGGACUUAAAUAAAAUGUUGAACAAACUAGAGGUAGAGAAAGUCCCCCCCAAAAAACCUUGAUCAUUAUUUUACCCUUAAUUAUUUGUAGGGUUUCUAACAUUUUCUCCUACGUGCUAACCUUUUUAUUUUUUAUUUUGACUCCUGCCUCAAAUAUGCUAAAACACGCAAAAUAGAUUCGCCUGUUUUUUUAUGUUUAUUAUUUUCACUGUUUGGGGACCAUUUUGUGUGAGUGCAAGCCUCUCUCAACUAUCAUCGAUUCGUUAUCAAAUAUUUAUUUAUUAUUUAUUAAACAAAAUAUUUAGGUUAUUUUCUGGAAAGGUUUAGACGCAACUCACUGCUCCUGGGUCUGGGGGAGACUGUAAAUGUAAUAAUCAAUUAUCUAACCUUUUUCCGGUCGCUUUCCAGUGUUGACCCAGCCCAGGAUGCAGUCUGCAGGCGUCCCUUUACCAGACCCACGUUGGGCACCAUAUGUUGAAGGGAGUUUUAAUGAAAAACACGUAUUCUGAAGGAUUUGUUUAUUAGAACGUGCUACAGCUUUUAUACUAUUUGAUAAUCAAUAACGCUGCAAGUUCUGACGUGUGCGAAUGAAUGCCACAUUUCCUGUAACUGCUCAUUAGUGUGUAUGUGAGGGACUUUCUCAUUGUCGAGCCUACUUUGUGUGCGUCCCUGUAUGUAUGUAUGUCUUUUGUGCAUAUAGGGUUACAACUGAGGAUUGGUAUUUCCUGUGCUACAGCCAAGUUUGAUCAAAAGAACAGUUAUAUAACUGGUCAUAGAACAGUGGUUAUUUAGAGGUGAAGUUACACAUAAUAACGUCAUUCGUUUUAGCAAUUGAAAAAUAAAUAAGUUAAACGUGAGUAUUUUUUGCCUCUGCACAAUAAACCACAAAUGCUGAUUCAGUC